UCGAAUCAUGUCUGAAGAUGCUAACAUGGUACCGGCGCGCGCCAAAAAAUGGGAGAUUCCGAUAUUCGUUUUCUUCAGAGAGGCUAGGCACGUUUUCAAAAGGGACGAGCUUGGAAUGGAAAUACUGCGUAUUGCAUUUCCAGCUGCCUUGGCUUUGGCUGCUGAUCCUAUAGCUUCUUUAAUCGAUACAGCUUUUAUCGGUCAUUUAGGUCCCGUAGAAAUCGCGGCGGUAGGAGUUUCGAUUGCGAUAUUCAACCAAGCAUCGAAAGUGACGAUAUUCCCACUUGUUAGUAUCACUACUUCAUUUGUUGCUGAGGAAAACACUGUCAAAAGAAUCAACGACGAGCAUCAAAAGAACGAGGAGUUAGAGAAAGGAAUGUCGUCCAAAUCAAUUUCGACGUCAGAAAAUCGAAAAGACGAAGCCGAUCAAGAAAAUGAAUCGAAAACAAACAAAUGCAAGUCUCUAGAAGCUUCCGGAAGCAGCAAUCCGCAAAACGAGGAAACAAAAAACGAGCGUCGACGGAAUAUUCCGUCGGCAUCAACAGCACUAGCUCUUGGUGUUGUGCUUGGACUCCUUCAGACAAUAUUCCUCGUCUUUCUUGCAAAACCAUUCUUAAGUGUCAUGGGUGUGAAAUCUGGAUCUCCAAUGUUAGAGCCUGCACAAAAGUAUCUAACAAUAAGGUCACUUGGGGCACCAGCAGUUCUCCUUUCGUUAUCGAUGCAAGGCGUUUUUCGAGGUUUUAAGGAUACGAAAACUCCUCUCUACGCUACGGUUGCUGGAGAUUUAAUGAACAUAAUAUUGGAUCCAAUAUUCAUAUUCGUUUGUCGAUUAGGUGUUAGUGGUGCAGCCAUUGCUCAUGUUCUCUCACAGUACUUAAUCACUCUGAUUCUGUUGAUCCAAUUAAUGAAACAAGUUGAUUUAUUACCACCAAGCCUCAAAGAUCUGCAAUUCAGCAAGUUUCUCAAGAAUGGUUUCUAUUUACUAGCAAGAGUUAUAGCGGCGACUAUAUGCGUGACACUAGCCGCGUCGAUGGCUGCAAGGCUCGGCCCGAACCCGAUGGCUGCAUUUCAGAUAUGCUUACAGGUUUGGAUGACAUCGUCACUUCUUGCUGAUGGUUUAGCAGUUGCUGGACAGGCAAUCCUAGCUUGUGCAUUUGCUGAGAAAGACUAUCAAAAAGCAACGGCUGCUGCGGCCCGAGUACUGCAGAUGGGAUUCGUAUUAGGAUUAGGACUUGCCGUCUUCGUUGGAGUUGGUCUUCAAUUCGGAUCGGGAAUAUUUUCCAAGGACAAAAACGUCAUUCAUAUGAUCGCUAUAGGCGUUCCGUUUGUGGCAGCUACACAACCUAUAAACUCGUUGGCGUUUGUCUUCGACGGUGUCAAUUUUGGAGCAUCCGAUUUCGCAUACUCGGCGUACUCCAUGGUUCUUGUUUCUAUAGUAAGCAUUGGAUCCUUGUUUAUGUUGUCCAAAAGUAAUGGCUUUGUUGGAAUUUGGCUUGCUCUAACCAUAUACAUGGGCUUAAGAACAUUUGCUGGCUUUUGGAGAAUGGGAACAGGAACAGGGCCAUGGCAGUUUCUCAAGGGUCGAGUUUCGUCACCGAACAAAUAAUCGUAGAAUUUUAUAUUAAAAAAAAUGCAAAAUAAAAAUUCCAACUUUAUGAGACGACGUUUAUUCGUCCAUCCUUUUUUUUUUGGUGUUGAUUAUGUUGUUCUUAGGGUUUUUUUUUUUUUUUUUUUCUGUAUACUUAUGUCCUUCGAUAUGCUCGUAUAUUUACGCGGUAUAACGAAUAGAUGUUAUGUGAAUAAAAGAAUAUGUUUUUGAUGACUCAAAA